GCGACCGAAACGGGACCCACCAGACGCAAUUCCCCAACACGGCAACACGUCCGCCUCGACGAAUUUCGAUCGAUUCCAACUUGGGAUUUCCGCCUUCCAAUCGCUCCGUUUCCUUCGUAUUCUAGAAUCUAGCAUUUGGUUUGAUUCCGCCGCUUGGUCCGGCCCCGAGGAGGAGGCAAGGGAGGGAGCGGUGGCCGCGCGGCCAUGGCGGGCUCGUCUACGGCGGCGAUGGACGCAGCCGCGGCCUGGUGGGACGACGUGAACAACUCCACGCUGUGGCAGGACCGCACCUUCCACGCCCUCGCCGCGCUAUACGGCAUCGUCGCAGUCGUAGCCCUAGUCCAACUGAUAAGAAUCGAGUGCCGGGUUCCUGAGUAUGGGUGGACAACGCAGAAGGUGUUCCAUUUCCUAAACGUCAUUGUCAAUGGCGUGAGGUCAACCGAGUUUGUACUGCGGCGGGAUGUGCAACUUGUACACCCUGAGAUACUUCAACACGUGCUUAUUGAUUUGCCGGGCCUAGCGUUCUUCACGACCUACGCUCUGCUAGUGCUCUUCUGGGCUGAGAUUUACUAUCAGGCACGUGCAGUGUCGACUGAUGGGCUCCGGCCAGCUUUCUACACAAUCAAUGGAAUGAUAUAUGUCAUUCAGAUACUACUGUGGCUGCUCAUGUGGUGGAAACCAGUUCAAGCCGUGGUAAUUUUGUCAAAGAUGUUCUUUGCAGCUACAUCCUUGUUCGCUGCCUUUGGUUUCCUUCUCUAUGGAGGGAGGUUAUUCCUGAUGUUGCAGCGUUUCCCUGUUGAGUCAAAAGGCCGCCGGAAAAAAUUGAAUGAGGUUGGCUAUGUGACCACCAUUUGCUUUGGUUGCUUCUUGAUCAGAUGCAUAAUGAUGUGCUUGAGUGCUUUUAACAAAGAUGCUGAUCUUGAUGUUCUGAACCAUCCAAUCCUGAACUUCUUUUACUACCUGCUGGCCGAGAUUGCACCCUCAUCUUUGGUGCUGUUCAUCUUAAGGAAACUGCCGCCAAGGCGUGGGAUUGCACAAUACCAUCCAAUCCAUUAGUUUGUCUUCAACAACAUCCUCUAUAUCCUUUUUUUUUACAGUUUCUUCUAAAAAAAUCACUUCAUUCUCUGUAGCAGCGUCCUCUAUACUUAAAUACCUAUAUUAGAGACAUAUUUUGCUCUAGAUUUUGUAUGUAUGUAUGUAUUUGUUAUACUCAAGUAUUUUAUACAUAUUUUAGUUUUAUUU